AUGAGGCAGAUGCUCCUCAGAAACAACAUAACGAAAACAGGUGACCCCACGAAGCGCCACGCGUUGGGUAGACGCUCCCCCUCUACUAGAGCCGACGAUCCCACGACCGAGCAAGUCUCCUCCGCCGCCGCCUCCCCUGCCGAACUUCCAGCAUCCGCCACCGCCAACCCCACCGUCGAGAACCAGCCCGCUCGGGUCCGGCUCAAGUACCGGAGCGGCACUGGGAAGAAGGCGGAGCAGCGGCGGGCUAGGAAGUCCGGCGGCAGCAAGACGAAUGUGAUGCGGCCACCGAUGCCGCUCAAGGAGGCGGUGGCGGCGACGGCGCUGGCGGUGGAAGAGGAGUUCAGCCCCUACAGCGAGAACGGGAGGCUGGCCGGGCUAGGCCAACCACGGUGA